AUGUAAAAGAUCUCUUACAUACUUUCUGAAAGAGAAAUUUCUCUAUUUGAUACAAAUGGAGACAUUUUGAGUGCAAGUCUCAUUUAUGUAUCUGUCAUUGAAUGGAAGAAAAUGUGGUUUUAUCUCUUAAUACAGGUAAAAUUGUUUAAGAAGCUUAUUCAUUCAAAAAUACUUCUGCUGUAGUGCUGUCCUGUUACUAAGAUAUAGCAGAUUCAGUUGCCCAGACUUAGUGCUGCCAUGAGGCAUCUUGAGGGUGGCUCUUAGUCUUUUCCAAGGUUGACAUAAUUUAUGUGUAAUUUUGAAAGAAAAUGAUGAGUUAGCAGCUGGAAGCAGGUCUUACUUUUUCAACCUUUUUUUCAUACUUUUUCCUGUAGCACAAGACUUCUUUCCAAUCUGUCUUUCUCAUUCCACUUGUUCUCUCUCUCACCUAGAAAAUACAGAGCCAUCGUGUUGCUGCAGUUGCUGUCAAAAUGCUGCCACUUUGCUCCUGGAUUUUGAAAUGAAAUCUUGAUUUACUGUUCCCAGUUCAGUUCAGUCCAGUCCCUUUCCCUCUCAUGCUUUUCUUCCACCUGAGGCUUCUCCUUUUGCACAGUCUUGCUGUAUUGAUGAUGAUGAUUAAAGAAAUUGGAUAUCAGUAUUGGCUUAAAUUGUGCUUUAGGGGCAGUUGAAAUGCGUCCAUUCAUUGAAACAAUGGGAAAAUGUACCACAGCCUACAUCAUCUGUUACCCCAACGCAGGUCUCCCCAAUACUUUUGGUGGUUAUGAUGAAACUCCGGAAGUGACUGCCAAGCAUAUAAAGACUUUUGCUUUGGAUGGUUUGGUCAACAUAGUUGGAGGUUGCUGUGGUACUACACCAGCACAUAUCAGGAAAAUUGCUGAAGCUGUGAAAUUCUGUAAACCUCGCGUUCCACCUUCUCUCUCUCAAGGAUCCAUGCUGCUGUCAGGUCUGGAGCCAUUCAGGAUUGGGCCAUACACCAACUUUGUUAAUAUUGGCGAACGCUGCAAUGUUGCGGGAUCACGGAAGUUUGCUAAACUCAUCAUGGCAGGCAACUAUGAAGAAGCCCUGGGUGUAGCCAAAAUGCAAGUUGAGAUGGGGGCCCAGAUUCUAGACAUCAAUAUGGAUGAUGGGAUGCUGGAUGGCCCUGCUGCAAUGACCAGAUUUUGUAACUUGAUUUCUUCAGAACCGGAUAUUGCAAAGGUGCCAUUGUGCAUUGACUCCUCAAAUUUUUCAGUGAUCGAAGCGGGUUUGAAGUGUUGCCAAGGGAAAUGCAUUGUAAAUAGCAUCAGCCUGAAGGAAGGUGAAGACGACUUUUUGGAGAAAGCAAGGAAAAUUAAAUUAUAUGGAGCAGCUGUGGUUGUUAUGGCUUUUGAUGAAGUGGGGCAGGCAACAGAAACAGAAACCAAGAUUGCAAUCUGUUCCAGAGCUUAUCAUCUCCUUGUGGAAAAAGUGCACUUCAAUCCAAAUGAUAUAAUAUUCGACCCUAAUAUUUUAACCAUAGGAACUGGAAUGGAAGAACAUAACCUUUAUGCCAUAAAUUUUAUCAACGCUACUAAAACCAUAAAAGAAACACUGCCAGGAGCCAGGAUAAGUGGAGGUCUUUCCAAUCUGUCUUUCUCCUUUCGGGGAAUGGAUGCCAUUCGAGAAGCAAUGCAUGGAGUGUUCCUUUACCACGCAAUUAAGUAUGGCAUGGACAUGGGAAUUGUGAAUGCUGGAAAUCUGCCAGUGUAUGAUGAUAUCCACAAGGAAUUACUACAGCUGUGUGAGAAUCUAAUCUGGAACAAAGAUCCUGAUGCAACGGAGAAACUUUUACAUUAUGCUCAGAAUCAUGCCCAAGGAGGAAAGAAAGUUGUACAGACUGAUGAGUGGCGUAAAAGCUCUGUGGAGGAAAGGCUGGAAUAUGCUCUCAUAAAGGGCAUUGAGAAGUAUGUCACUGCAGAUACAGAAGAAGCAAGAUUAAAUCAGGAAAAAUAUCCUAGACCUCUAAAUGUAAUUGAGGGGCCUUUGAUGAAUGGCAUGAAAAUUGUUGGUGAUCUUUUUGGUGCUGGGAAGAUGUUUCUGCCUCAGGUAAUAAAGUCUGCUCGAGUUAUGAAGAAAGCAGUUGGCCACCUUAUUCCCUAUAUGGAAAAAGAAAGAGAGGAAAGGAGAGCCAAACGAGGCAGCGUAGAGGAAGAGGAUCCUUAUCAGGGUACAAUAAUAUUAGCAACUGUGAAAGGAGACGUACAUGAUAUUGGCAAGAACAUUGUGGGAGUUGUUCUGGGCUGCAACAACUUCAGAGUUAUUGAUUUAGGAGUCAUGACUCCAUGUGAUAAGAUAUUGAGAGCUGCUGUUGAGAACAAAGCAGAUAUAAUUGGCCUGUCUGGUCUCAUCACCCCAUCUUUGGAUGAGAUGAUUUUUGUCGCUAAGGAAAUGGAGAGACUGGCAAUAAAGAUUCCUUUGCUGAUUGGAGGAGCAACUACUUCUAAAACACACACGGCUGUUAAAAUUGCCCCACGAUACAGCGCACCUGUAAUUCAUGUCCUGGAUGCAUCCAAGAGUGUUGUGGUUUGCUCCCAGCUCUUAGACAGUAGUGUAAAGGAUGAUUUCUUUGAAGAAAUAUUAGAGGAAUAUGAAGAAAUCAGACAAGAACAUUAUGAGUCUCUCAAGGAAAGAAGAUACUUGUCUCUACAGCAAGCUAGAAGAAAAGGUUUCCAUAAUGACUGGUUAUCAGGCCAUAAACCGGUUAAACCAAAAUUCAUUGGCACGAAAGUCUUUGAAGAUUAUGACCUGGAGAGGUUGGUAGAAUACAUUGACUGGAAGCCCUUCUUUGAUGUCUGGCAACUUAGGGGAAAAUACCCCAAUCGGAGUUUUCCUAAGAUCUUCAGUGAUAAAACUGUAGGUGAAGAAGCAAAGAGAGUUUAUAAUGAUGCUCAAGAUCUACUGAAAACAUUGAUUAAUCAAAAGAAAUUACAAGCCAGAGGUGUGGUUGGGUUCUGGCCAGCUCAAAGUGUUCAGGAUGAUAUCCACUUAUAUGCUGUGGAAGAGGCAGUGGGAUCUUCAGAACCAAUAGCAAAAUUUUAUGGCUUGAGGCAACAGGCUGAAAAGGACUCUGCCUGCACAGAUCCAUACUACUGCCUCUCUGACUUCAUAGCACCAAUGGAUUCUGGCAUUUGUGACUACUUAGGCCUAUUUGCUGUGGCCUGCUUUGGUGUAGAUGAAUUAUGCAAUGAAUUUAGGAAACAGGAUGAUGAAUACAACAUCAUAAUGGUAAAGGCUCUCGGCGAUCGGUUGGCAGAGGCAUUUGCUGAGGAGCUCCAUGAAAGGGUUCGAAGGGAAUUCUGGGCUUACAGUAAUACUGAGCAACUCAAUCUCUCUGACCUACGCAAAAUUAAAUAUGAGGGAAUUCGCCCUGCCCCUGGAUAUCCUAGCCAGCCUGACCAUACAGAAAAACUCACCAUGUGGAAACUUGCAAACAUUGAGGAAACAACAGGAAUUGGUUUAACAGAAUCACUAGCAAUGAUACCUGCUUCUGCAGUUUCUGGCCUCUACUUUUCCAGUCCCAAUUCCAAAUAUUUUGCUGUUGGAAAGAUAUGUAAAGAUCAGGUUGAAGAUUAUGCACUGAGAAAAAAUGUGUCUGUUGCAGAAGUGGAGAAAUGGCUGGGACCCAUUUUGGGAUAUGAUACUGAACAACUGUGAUACUUGUGGGUGAACUUUUUUUUUUGAUGGUCCAUUUGCCAAAAGGAACAAGAGAAGACUUCACACUGAAAUCAGCUUCCAUCCAUCCAUCCAUCCCAAUACCUUGUCUGAUUACUUUAAAUUUUUGAUCAAGAAACUUAAUAUUUCAAAUCAAAUCUUCCCUGUGCCCUUGGCUUGAAACCAUGAAUGCAUUUCAGAUCUCUCACUUAUUGCAGCAUACUUUUAUUUAUUUUUAUUUUUUUGCACAAAGCAGAGAAGCUACAUGUAGGGUGGAAUGUGGAAAAUGCAAAGCUCUCCUGUCCACAGACAGGCUUUGAAAUGAGGAGGAAGAAUUUCUAUCCCAUUGGUUGUGGACAUACGUAGAACACAAUUUGACUUGUGUUAUUUUUAAGUGUUUGGCAAGUCCAGGGACAGAAAUGUGAUGUGAUUUUUGUGUAAAGUCACAAAAGGUUUUAUAGUGACUGAUGAACAAUUAAAGUACCACAGAUCUCCUUUUUAAAAUCUGUCUUCUCCGUAUUUAUAGGUCUUGUGUUGGGAACAUAGGUUGUUCUCAAUGGUAUUUAGAAUAAUACAAUGUGCUAGAUCAGUAUCAGAGAUUCUGUAUUGUGAAAUGGGAUGACUGAGUCCAUGGAGUUGUCCACUUCAUGCUUCCUCUUCCUUUCAGCAAGUCACAGUCUGUUUCUACUCUGUAUAAAGGGUACUGGCGCUUCCUACCUUCGAGUUAUGUUGUGAGGCUUAAUUCAUACAUAAACAAUUGUUUGUAUGUGAAAAAUAUGGGAAGCAUAUUUGUUACUAUAGACAGAAAGCUUGGAGCUGACUUCAGUGUUUUACAAACUCUUUAACCUUCCAGAUACCUGGAUUUAAAAAGCAAUUAGUAGUAAUACUGUCAUAUGUAACAGUUAUUAUUGAAGACGUAUUCUUCAGAUUCAACUCUCAGUGAUCUAAUUGUUCAUAGGUUUCAAUAAUCUCUGAAAAGUGCCUCAAGUAUUAUUUAAAUACUAAUUUAAUGAAAUAUUGUGAAAGAAACCCCUCUUUUUUUUUGGUCUCUAAUUGUAAAUAAAAGACUAAUCUUGUAAAGAGAAUGUUCUUUUUAAUAGUUUAUUGCAAUCUAUUAAUAGCUAUAUAAUUUUUGUAAUGUCUUCACCUAACGUUAUGCUAAAAGAAUCAUCUUGUAUCAACAGUUUAAUAAAGGUUAAGCUGUCAAUGCUCUUAUCCUAUUAGAAUCCUUUAAAUGCCAACAAUAAAAUGUGCACAAUAA